AUGAGCAACUACCAAUGCUACUGUGCUAUUUGCAGCUGUCCGCUUGCAUCCAGCAGCGUCUAUACCGGCCAGUCUUCUCUGUCUUCCUCUGGCUCUCAAACAGAUAGCACGUCCGAUAACAACACAGAUUCGGAUGUCGAUGAAGCCGACAAUUAUGACCAUUCUGUCCUCAGCAAGAUCGAACCGAACUGGUUGAAUGAAUUUCGCUGCCUCGGAUUUAACGAAGAUGCAGCAGAUGUUGGCGCGGCUUUCAUAUCCGGUCCUUCCAAAUAUUUGGAUGAUGAAAUAGCCUUGGCUACUCGAGGUGUCGAUCCAAUUGCACCCGAGGAUACCGAAUUUAGCUGCUAUCGCGACGAUUCGUUUCAUGGCCUGGCCAGAGUUUUUCCGAUUCACGAUGCCUGCUUCAGUAUACUAAACAGAGUUCUGACUGGCUCAACCGACAGUGCUUUGCUCAACAAGGAUAUCUUAUACGAAGUAAUGGAAUGCUUAGUUUCUUCCAACUCUGCUCUCGAUAUCGAUUAUGGCGGCAUUGUUGGGCCUGACCAAUUCUGGGUCUCAUCAAGAGGCGAGGAGUAUGUUCUCGCGAACCCAAUGGACAGAGUUACGAUGCUUGAGGAAGCUAUUCAAGGCCAAGUUACGCGGACCGGAGCCCUGGACCCCCACAACCAUAGUACAUCUGGCCAAAGGCCAGCUGUAACCACAAAGAGUCUGUUCCUACAGCUACCUCCUGAACUACUUAUACGCAUUGGAUUAUAUCUACCAACUCACUCUAUCGCUUCAUUCGCAUUACUCUCUCGAUCUUGUGCUGAGAUUGUCAGAACGAAUUCAUUCUGGAAGAAACAUGUUUUGUGGCAAAUGAAUUGGGCUUGGGAAGCUGACAAUGCCGUCAAAACGGCACUUGGAGAUCUCACAUCCUUACGAGCGGCAUGCCUCUGGCUGCACCACAUUUCUUCACCUCGGAACAAUGCAUCGGAGUUCUUAGGAGUUAUUAAUCGACGCAGGAUCUGGAAUACUUGUGAACAGAUCGCGGGGCGUUACUUCACUUUACUCAAUCAGACACAAAUUCCGUCCCAGAGCCAAAUUCGUCUGGACGAUCUUGAUGCCAAGGGAAUAGCAAUCGCGUACGCCCAUCCUGAGCACAAGGUUAAAAAGUUAAUCUGGGUUCAAUGUUGGGAUGAGCUAAGCGGCGGUCCAACAACAGCCGAGGCUGUAUGGGAUAGUGACGGAAUUCUUGUCGGCCUUGGGAUGAUUCUUCAGCGUAGACGAAUCUUUGCUGGCAAAACGGACGACAAGGUGAUGGGUUCUGAGCGUGAAAGAUGCCGCAUUUCCGCUCGACCAUGCAUCGAGGGUCUGAUCGCCCAUAUGGAUCGGGCAGGAGCCGGUAUCCGUGGGCUUACGUUCAUGUCUCGCGGUUACUACUCUCACACUGAAUUAGGGAAUACCGAUCCAUCUUUACACCGUUUUGCACUCUUGCCCGAAAACGGGUGCGGCAUAAUUGGGCUUGCGCUUCUAAUUGAUGCAGGUGGUAAAAUCACGGGUCUCCGAUUGAUUGAGAGCCCAAAGUUUAAGGAUGAUGAAAUCAUGGGUCGAGAGAGUGACGAGCCGUCAUCACAUCGUCCACGUUUCUGGUCUUGUAGGGCUGGCAGACUAGAGAUUUCGGACUCUGAGGUGGCUCCUAGACGCGCAGUCCCCAAAGACAUUCAGUCCAUGAGAUUGAUUCCUCUUACUGAUAACUCGAAUAGCGAUGAAAAGCAGCUCGUAACAGAUCUCCUACCCCAUGAGAUUCUGCUGUGGAAUCAGGACCAAGCAGAGGGUGCAGCCCUACGCGGUGUUUCCAUCUACGCCCCAAAGGCGGAGAGCAACGAACGCAUUAUUCGAGGGCUGCGGGCUAAUUUUGCUCGAGGUCACUCCACCCGCAAAAGACUAGUUGGGGACUUUGAAUUUGGACGAUGGGGUGCUCCUUUGGACCUGUGGCCUCAAGGGGAUCUGGUCACUUUGAAAAUUAACGGUUCCGAAGGAGAGAGUGUCUCAGAGAUCGCCAUUUUUCCAGCCACAAAUCCCAUGGCACUCAAGAUCACUACAAACUUGGGAAAGACAGUGACCGCUGGUAACUACCUUGGAGGUGAUUGGAAAGUCUUCAAUGUCACGACUGGCCAGGUACUUGCUGGUUUGUGCCUGGCUUUUGAGCCUGUGAGCCACCCGGUACGACAGGGUGCAAUUUCCUCCUUGCUGGCUAUCGUGAGGAGUGCAUAG